AUGUCAGACACCAUCAAACUUGCACAGUACCUGUUCAAGCGCUUGAACCAGUUAGGCGCUAGCGCGGUUCAUGGAGUGCCAGGCGACUUCAACCUUGAUCUGCUCGACUAUGUCGAGCCCUCGGGUUUACUAUGGGUUGGCAAUACUAACGAGCUGAACGCUGGGUAUGCCGCCGAUGGCUAUAGCAGGAUCCGAGGUAUUGGUGCUCUUGUCACCACCUUCGGAGUUGGCGAAUUAUCUGCAAUAAACGCCAUAGCUGGUGCCUACGCUGAGAGGGCGCCUGUUGUUCACAUCGUUGGAACACCCAAUCGAGCGACCCAAGAUGGAAGGGUUCGCGUUCACCACACGUUCAAUGACGGCAACUUUCGCCGGUUCGGCCAGAUGCAUGCGCACGUUACAGUAGCGCAAACCAGCCUCAGAGAUCCGCUCACAGCACCCGUAGAGAUUGAUCGAGUGCUGCAGCAGUGCCUGAUACACAGCAGACCAGUGUACAUUGAAGUUCCCGUCGAUCUUGUAGACGUACCUGUUCGGUCGGCAACUCUCCAGGAACCAAUCAGGCUUCCAGAGCCACUUGCAAUACCGGCCACCAGCGCUGCCAUCGACCAAGUACUUGAGAAGAUUUACGCGGCUAAGCGCCCUGUAAUUCUUUUCGACGGCGAAUGUAGAGCACUUAACAUCACGAGAGAAGUGCAGUCAAUCAUCGAAGUGACCAAGUGGCCCACUUGGACGACUUCUUAUGGACGAGGUCUUAUCGAUGAAAGCCUUCCCAACUUUCAGGGUGUGUACAAAGGAGCUUUUGACGAGAAACCCAUCCAAGACUUCUUUGGGCAGGCAGACCUGGUCUUGAUAUUUGGCCCACACUUCAGCACGACGAACUCGUAUGCGCUGACCGCGAAGCCCAACCCGGAGAACAGUGUGGUCUUUCUCGACACUGAGAUUGAAUUGGGCGCCACAACUCUGCGAGAUAUUCCAGCAAGACUAGCCGUCUCUCAAUUGCGCGAAAAACUCGAUGCAUCGAAGAUUGCACAGUACUCGGUAUCAGAUCUACAAGGCCUAUCGUGGCAUGCUCCCCAACCGCUCUCUUUUUCUACUGUCUCAAAAGACGAAGUCAUCUCGCAUUCCAAAUUAUGGGAUUUGCUCACUCCCUUCAUCCGCUCGGGCGAUAUUGUGAUGGGCGAGACUGGCACCUCAGGCUACGGUGUCCGCGAGAUGCGUACACCAGCAAAUGUCCGGAUUUUCGCACCUGUGACCUGGCUAUCAAUUGGAUAUAUGCUCCCUGCAGCGCAAGGAGCCUCGCUAGCGCAGCAGCAAGCGCAAUCACAGGCGAACAGAGCUACAAGUGGUGAGAGGACCAAAAGCAGUCGCACAAUCUUGUUCAUUGGCGAUGGCAGUCUCCAGAUGACAGUCCAGGAGAUAUCAACCAUGAUACGGCACAACCUCAAUGUCAUCAUUGUGGUGUUGAAUAACGACGGAUAUACGAUUGAAAGAGCGAUUCAUGGAUUGAAGGAGACAUACAACGACGUUGCAACCUGGAGAUAUUUGGGCGCACCCAGUUUCUUUGGCGCGAAAGAAAAUACUUUCACAGCAUCUGCUCGGACGUGGGGCGAGCUUGAAGAAGUACUCAAUGACGAGAGGCUGGCCGAAGGAACAGGUUUGAGGAUGGUAGAGUUGUUCCUGGAUCGCGAAGACGUGCCGAAAGGGCCAUUGACUAUGUUGUUGGGAAAAGAGCAGAAGCGCACAGAAGGGCUAGAGACCAAGCGUGAAACGAUACCAUAG